AUGGCAGAUCCUGCAACGUUAACAGAUGUUCAGCUAAGGGAACAGUUGUUGGCUUUGGGAGCCAACGUUGGUCCCAUUACAGCUACCACAAGAUCACUGUAUGAAAAGCAGUUGGAGAAACGUCGCGCCGCCGCAGCGAACGCUACAGGUGAUACUACCAAAUUGCCAACUAGCAGGACGCGCAGUGGAAGUAAAAGUCCAAGCCGGGUUUCCAAAAGGACGGUCACAACCAGCACUGUGGAAAUAGUCAGGAAAAAAACACCAACUGAGCGUCGGGUAUCUAAGACAAACAGUUCGGAACCGGAAGAGGAGGUUGCCACAGCGGCUGUCCAAGAGUUUGAGAACGAGGGGGUCUUCGAUGUAUCCACUCAGCCAAAAAAUACAUCAACAACGAGGAUUACGAGUAGAACGAGAGUUGAUGCUACGCAAGACCCGAUAGUACCAGAGGUUACGGGACAAUUAGACACGUCAUCUUCAAGAAUCCCAGCUUCAAAACCGAUGGCCGAAGUUGGCUACCCCGGAUUCUCCCCUCCCAUACCGGUUACAAAGUCUCGUGUUUCAAAGCUCUCUGAGCGUGUGCCAACCCCACCUCGUGUUACAAAACUGAAUGACGCCCCAUCAUUUUUAUCUCAGUCCACUAGAACUCGUUAUGAAACGUCGGGAGUGUUCAGCGACAUAACUGCUGAUUACUCAAAUCAGCCACGAAAACGCAUGACUUAUUUAUAUAUGCCUGGCGAGCAAGCAUCGAGUGGUAUGAGAAAAAGAAUGUUCAGCAAUGACCCAGAAGACGAAGAUGAGGAAGACGAUCAUAUGGAAAGUAGUAGAAUAAUUAACCCGAAGUCAGAUCGUCCGUCGUUUAUGAAUUCAAUGUCGCAGUUGCCUUCUUACGCCUAUGGCGCGAUGACUGCUCCCUUCAAAAAAAAUGUGCAGUGUAGUGGUUAUCGGGCAGAGACUGUGAGAUCUCACUCGUUAGCUCGGAAAAGUGGGUUAGACGUUGCUAAUUUAUUGCUUUAUGUGGUUGGUUGUACAUUUCUACUUUUGUUAUGCGGCUACAUCGGUGUUAUACACUCUGAAAAGGUGAUUGAUGCUAGCAUCUUUGUGGCAGGUUUGGCGAACGAAACAUUCACGCUUGUUUAUAUGUACGCAGUACUGCCUAUAAUUGUAGCUGCAUUGGUGUGCGGGACAGGUAUGGGAUUAUAUAUUCUGAAUCAGAAACUUUUGUCGGCUAAAGCAGAAAGGAAAAGACGAGUGUUUGCUUUAAUUGAGAAGAUCACAGAGAUUAUUCGCAGUUCUGCUGCUGAUGGGCAAGAAUAUAUCGCGGAACCCCACGUGCGUGACAUGUUGAUUCCUCCGUCCGAACGGACGAAAGGAAGUGCUCAGUGGCGUCGAUGGCAAGAAGCUGUUAAUUUCAUAAACCAGAAUGAUUCUAGGAUUAGUACCGAAAGUCGCAUAAUUAAUGGAGUAGAAUGCGCCGUUUGGCGAUGGGUACCUGCAAACAAAGUGGGAUGGCAGGGCAGUGCAUUCGAAGGGCGUACACAGUUGAAUGUUCCAGACCAGGCUCUUUCACAUUGCCUUAAGUUACGUGGGAUGUUCUCGUCUUCUAAAGAGCGUGAUAGUGCAGACGUUGGUCGCGCUCUGGUACAGAAGCUCAGCCCCAUAAGACCUCUUCAUGUUCACGUUGAAGGCGGCUCUAAAGACGGUGUGGUUUUUGCCCGCUUUGCAACUUUACCAGAUUGCAAAGCUGCAUUUACUGCACUUCAUGGGCAGCUUGUUUCUGCAAAGUAUUUACGGGACGAGCGGUAUGAACAACGUUUCCCUAGCGCUCCACGUGGUACUGCAGAUCUUCGAUAA